ACCAGUCUUCAAAAUCCAAUGAUCAAACAAAUAGAAAAGUGAAAACUGGUGAACACUUUGUCUUUCUCAAAUAUUUUAGUUCAGCUUAGAAAAUUACUGACAGUUUUGAAAUAAUUGUGCAAAUUAUCGUAAAAUUAAAAAAAUGAGCUGUUUCGAAAAUAUAACAAUGCCUGACUGCGCAUGGUUUGAGGCUGGAGAAAAGCGCAACGUUCUUGCAUCCAUAUUCUCUGGGCUUUUGUUUUUUACGGGCUGGUGGUUUAUUAUUGACGCAGCAGCUGUGUAUCCAGGUGAUCUACCGAAUGCUUCGCAUGUUUGUGGAGUCAUGGCCACUCUGUCUCUUCUGAUGGUCAAUUCUGUAUCUAAUGCACAGGUGAGAGGGGAAACAUACACUGGAGGAUGUAUGGGUCCUCGAGGAAGUAGGCUGUGGCUGUUCCUUGGCUUUGUUAUUGGAUUUGCUUCACUUAUUGCUGCUUGCUGGAUACUUUUUGCAAAUUAUGUUAAUGCUGGAAGCAGUAAGCACACAUGGCCUGGAGUGAGUUUAUUCUUACAAAACGCUUUUAUAUUCGCUGGAUCUUUGGUGUUUAAGUUUGGCCGCACUGAAGAUGUAUGGGGUUAAUUAUGAACAUAGUAUAAGGUAUAUUAUUCUCUUGUAGUAUACUAAUUUUUUGUUUGUGUUGACUGAAUUUUAGCAGAAUAUAGUAUUGUCAGUCUGUCACCUUAUGUUAAAUAAUUUUCAUAAUUUUAGUUUAUCAGAGAUUUUUAUCAUUAUACUGUUGUCAAAUAUAUAUCUCAUUUAAUUUGUUUAAUAUAAUUCUCAAACGUAUGCUAAAUUAUAAAAGAAAACAAUAAAUUGUUGUGAAAAUGGUAAAUUUGUGUACAGGGUGUCUCCCUUUAAAUAAAAUAAAAAAGUAUUUAUAAUAAACUUUCUAAUUUCUAUAAAUAAUACCAAGAUAAAAAUAGUAAAGCCUAGGCUUUAAACAAUAAUCUUAGUAUUUAAUUGUCAGAUUGGAGAUUAAAAGUUAAAUAAGUUUGCCUUUUGUUUUAUGCAUUA